AUGAAACAACCAGAUCAUGAUCCAUGUUAUGAUUCAUCUGGACGUCCAAUAAGAUGUGUUCCUGAUUUUAUUAAUGCUGCAUUUGGAAAACCAGUUAUUGCUUCUAGUACCUGUGGUGUUAACGGUCCUUCAAAAUUUUGUGCCAUUCGUGAAAAUGUCAAUGGCUUAAUUCGUGAAGUAUGUGAUAUUUGUGAUAAUACAAUUAAAAGUAAAGCACAUCCAGCAUCAUUGUUAACUGAUUUAAAUAAUGCAAGAAAUUUGACUUGUUGGAUAUCAGAACCAUCAAUUAAUAAAAAUGAAAAUGUAACAUUAACUGUAUCAUUAGGAAAAAAAUUUGAAUUAACAUAUAUAAGUAUGCAAUUUUGUAAUAAAAUACCUGAUUCAAUGGCAAUAUAUAAAAGUGUUGAUAAUGGAAAAAAUUGGAUACCUUUUCAAUUUUAUUCAUCACAAUGUAUGGAAAUGUAUCAACGUGAUGUUAAAGAUACAAUUAGCCCAAAAAAUGAACAGGAAGCAAUUUGUACAAAUUCUCAUACAAUGUCACCAACAGCAAGUCGUGUAGCAUUUGCAACACUAGAAGGUAGACCAUCUGCUUUUCGUUUUGAACAAUCACCAAUUCUUCAAGAUUGGGUAACAGCUACUGAUAUAAGAAUUAUUUUUAAUAAACCAUCAACAUUUAAUGAACAAUUAUAUGCUAUUACUGAUUCAAAUAAUAUUACUGAUGAUAUAUCUAAUGAUAUGAUAGCAAAAAGUUAUUAUUCAAUGGCUGAGUUAGCUGUUGGAGGGAGAUGUAAAUGUAAUGGACAUGCAUCACGAUGUAUUUAUGACAAAAAAGGACAAUACACCUGUGAUUGUAAACAUAACACUGCUGGAAAUGACUGUGAAAGAUGUAAACCCUUCCAUUAUGAUCGUCCAUGGGCUAGAGCAACAUCUGAAAGUGCCAAUGCAUGUGUCGCUUGUAAUUGUAAUUUACAUGCCAGAAAAUGUCGUUUUAAUGCUGAGUUAUAUCGUUUAAGUGGAAAUAAAAGUGGUGGAAUUUGUAUAAAUUGUCGUCAUAAUACUGCUGGAAGAAAUUGUCAUUAUUGUAAACCAGGUUAUUAUAGAGAUAACACAAAAGCUAUUACACAUAGAAGAGCAUGUAAAGCAUGUGGAUGUCAUCUUGUUGGAUCAUUAUCAAAAAGUUGUAAUCAAACAUCUGGACAAUGUAUUUGUAAACCUGGAGUUACUGGACAAACAUGUAAUAGAUGUGCUAAAGGAUACCAACAAAGUCGUAAUCCACAAAUGCCAUGUAUAAAAAUUGCUUCUUCUACUCAAAAUAGUAUUCCAAAAAGUAAUAUAAAUUGUGAGAAGUGUAAAAUUUCUCCAAAACGUGUCAAUUUUAGAAAAUUUUGUAAACGUCAACAUGUAUUCCAAUUUUAUAUUAUAUCAAGAGAAAUUAUGACAGAUUAUGUAAAAUAUGAAAUAUCAAUUGAAAAAGUAUAUAAAAAGAAUGAUUAUAAAAUUAAGAAAGGACCAAAUUAUUUGUGGCUUCCAGAGAAGAUGGCUAUAUGUAAAUGUCCUAAACUUCGAAUUGGUCAAAGAUACAUGAUUUUGGGAACAAAUAAUGAUCAAGAUAAUAAACAAUCGGAAUUAUAUAUUAAUAGUCAUUCUAUUGUAGUAGAUUGGACUGAAACUCUUGUUGAAAGAAUGGCACGUUUUGUUAAAAGAGAAAAAAAUGGAGAGUGCGACGAGGAUGAUGAUGAAUAA